AUGGAUAAGAAAUGGAAAAUAAUCGCAUCUAUAUUAACAUGUUGCACAGUCUCUUUUCUAAUAGUAGCCAUAAUAACGCCUUUUGUUUUACUAAGUGUAAUUAAGAGUUAAGCACAAAAUGAAGCAAUCAUGACAUCAAACAAUUACGCACUAUGGGUAUAGAUAAUAAAAAUAUCAUCUUAAUAGGGUCAAAUACCAGGAGAAACCAAUACUUACUUAACGAGGAAUUUCACUUUCUUCUAAUUUACAAAUCCAUAUGACGUAAUGUUUCGAGGGAAAAAGCCUAUAUUUGUUGAGAAGGGACCAUAUUCAUAUUAAGAGAAGUAAAAUUUUACAGAUUAUAAAUUCAAUGAUGAUGAUAAUAUUGUGACAUUCCGUGCUUGGAUUUAAACAGUGGGUGAAAAAAUAAAUGAAAAGAUAACAUUUGCUAAUUUUGUUGCCUUAGGUGCAUGGCAUUAACUUUAAAAUACAGAACCUGCAGUGAUGGCAUUGUAAGUUUUCAGUUCAUUCUAUUUUGAAUUGAAAAAAUUCUUUUAUCCAACUAUGAUAUCAUAGGCAGUCAUAUCUAGUUUUUUAAAUGAGGAUACAGCCAAAAAGACAGUGUUAAAUGGUUUAUCAUUAGAUAAGUAAAAUCUAAUAUGGUUCGAUAAAGAGUAUGGUAUGGCAAAUAGUACAGCAUUUGUAAAUUGGGUAUAAGUUGUUAAAAAAUAUACAGAUGAUUCAUUUUUAAGAAAUUAUUUUUAAAUAUCUUAAUCUUAAAUGAAUAGUAUUAAAAAAUAAUUAGCACCUUUGAUAUAAGGAGCAGAAGGUAGUAUUAAAUAAUUAUUUUGUACAAAAUCUCCAACUUAAGAAUGUUUUGAUUCAUAUUUAUGUGCUAAAUAAUGGGCAACACAAGGUAUUACAAAUGAUCCUGAUGCUGGAACCAUUCCAGUUCCAAGUGUUAUUACUGGAAAUACUACAAGUCAUGGUUUCCCUGAACUCAGUUAUUUUUAUAAAGGUAAUUUGAAUCUAUAUUAUUAUAAGAAUACUUUUUAAAACUUAUAGAACCAACAAAUGAAAAUUAUAAAAAUUUGAAAUUUACUACUGAGUGGGCUUUAGAAUUAUUGAGACACUAUGAGAAUUAUUCAGUUGAAGAUCCUUAAUAUUAUAAAGAUCCCCAUUUAUUAUUACAUGUAGGAAAUUUAAGAUUUUUAUAUGAAUAAGGCAAUUUAUACGAAAAAACAAAAAAAGAUGAUCAUUUAAUCUAAAUAUAAAACAGAUUCAAACUUGAUUCUAUUUAUCAUUCCAGAGUAUUUUAUGAGUAUGUAAAAUAUAUGGAAGAAGAAUUUGGUGUCUAAAAGUCAAUUAAUGGAACUAAAGGAAUAGCUGGACUUGGAACCAUUGUGUCUUAGGCACUUUAUGGAGAAACGACUAAUCUGAAUAAUAAUUUAUUAGAUUAUAUACUAUCAGAUUUGCUAAUUAAGAAAAUUACAAAAUGCGAAUAGGUUUUGGAAAAUUUAGAUAAAAUUAAUGAGAGCUAGAAGGAAAAGUUUUGUAAUUUAGAAGAAUAUAAGAAAUGGGAUUAGAAAUCAAUUAGACAAUUAUUGUAUGUUUGUGAACAUUAAGAGAGUACAUAUUGGGGACAAUUAUAAAAUUUAACAGGAAUGAGUAAUAUUUAGUUAAUAUAAUUAUGUGAUGAAGAAGAAGAAGGAUUUGGUUUAGAAUUAAAAGAAGCAAACAAUAAAUUGAAGAAUAAAUAUGAUUGUAAAUUAUAAAAAUGUACAAAACUUGAGAUAGGAGUUAAACAAUGGGGUUAUUCAUUAAUUUCAUAGAAUCCAAUAGAUGAAAUAUAUAAAGCAAGUAAAACAAUGGGUGAUAUAUAUCCAAUAUUUAAAAAAUUUGAAUAUAGUUGGUUUUAAGAAUAAUUCAAAGACAUAUUUACAGAGAAAGAAUUGGAUUAUGACUUAUCUAGAUAUUUACUAUCUUUUGAAUGUUUAUAUAAUGGAUAGAUGAUCAGUAAUGCAUUUAUUCAUUUUGUAAAUGAUGAUAUGAAGUCAUUUAACAAGAUUUUACCUUUCAAUGAUUAUUCAAUACUACAUUAUUUAAGAUAUAUUAUGGUUGAAUUGGGAUUAGAAGGAUUAGCAGACACUAGGACAGUAGAUGAGAUUCUUUUUGGAUAUUGGCCAUAAUUAACAUCUACAAUAAAGGAGAUGAAUCCAGCAAUGGGAGGUGAUCCAUCAACUGUAAUAACUGGAUUGAAUUUAAAUAUUCCUAGUGAAUUAAGUUAAUUACAAAGUGUAUAUACUGGAAAGAAGAAUAUUUCAUUGGUGAGAAAGUAUGCUUUAAUAGAUGGAGUAAAUUAUUUGAAUGUAAAAGUACCUUACUUUGAUGGAAAUAAAACAAUAUUUAAAUAAUAUAAUCCAUGGAAUAUAGAAGUUGCUUGUGAUUCAGGUACAGAUGCAUUUUCUUAUGAACCUUAAUUGGGAGCUGAGGGACAUAUUGGAACUAUAAUUACUGAUAUUGUUAAGAAUAUUUAUUUAGAUUACAAUGAAACAAUAGAUUUUUAUGGAUUGACAGCUUAUAGAUUUAGAAAUAAUAAAAAUACAUUUGAUAAAAAUCCAGAUUAUCAUAAUUAUAAAUGGGAUGGAUUAGAGAAUAUGACUACAAUUUAGAAUGCACCAAUAAUGAAUAGUCCAACUCAUUUUUAUAAUGGUGAUAUUAAAUUAUAAGAAAUGAUUGAAGUUUAUAAAUAUGAUAAUUUAAGUGAGAGAUAAUGGGCAAGUGAUUGGGAUGAUUCUUAUGUAAUUUAUGAACCAUAUACUGGAGUAGCAUUAUCAGCAUUAUUAAAUCUUAUGGUGAGUGUAGAAUAUAAAUAAGAUAUUCUUUUUCCAUCAAAUAAUUAUGCUAUUUUACCAGUGAUGUCUUUAUUAAGAGGAGCUAAUUGGACAAGUGAAUAAGUUGAUAUAACUUUUGGAGAACUUAAGUCAGGUUUGAAAUUAAGAUGGACAUUAGCUAUUAUAUUUUAUGUUGUAGCCUUUGUAUUCUUAAUCUCAUCCAUGACUGUAUUUUAUUAUAAAUAUUGGAUACCAAAAAAGUUAAGAGUUUAAGAAGAUGAAUCCUUUUAGAAUUUAAGUUCAAUAGAAAAUUAAGAAGGAUAAAUAAAUCGUUGA